UGAACGGCUAGGAAGCCUCAUAACCAGAGGCAUUCUCUCGCACCUGCAGAGCUCCACACGGCCAUUUUCUCUUCCGCUUUUACCAUUUUUUCUUUUGGUGCUUUUUUUUCUAAUCAAGGAUCAGCAUCCCCCGCCAUGGGCGUGUCCACCUGGACCGGGAAUCAAUAGAAUCUUGAACCGCCACCCGGACAGCGCUGAGGGCCACCAGGCAGGAUGGGGUGCACCUGCAGUUCCGAUUACAAUGAUGACUGGAUCGAGAACCUGGACGAAGUCUGUGAGCAUUGCAACUGCCCGCUGCCACCCCAGACAGCAAACCAGUACACGGACACCAGGAUCCCCUACCCCUCCCAGCAAACGCCGCCGUGUUCUCCAGCGCCUGACAAUCUGGUCAUUGCCCUGUAUAGCUAUGAACCUGACCACAACGAUGACCUGGGCUUCCACAAGGGGGACAAGCUGAAAGUCCUUAACAGGGAUGACCCGGAAUGGUACUGGGCUGAGUCCCUGACCACUGGCCAGAAGGGCUUCAUUCCUUUCAACUUUGUGGCCAAGAUGGACACCAUGGAAACCGAACCGUGGUUCUUCAAAGAUCUUUCCAGAAACGAUGCCAUGAGGCUGCUGCUGGCCCCAGGAAACACCCAGGGUUCCUUCCUCAUCCGGGAGAGUGAGACCAGCAAAGGCUCAUACUCCUUGUCUGUGCGGGACCUGGAUCCUGAAUGUGGCGACACCGUCAAGCACUACAAGAUCCGGAACCUAGACAAGGGCGGCUUUUACAUCACGCCCCGGAUCUCAUUCAACUGCCUCUCGGACCUGGUGCAGCAUUACUCCUGUGAAGCGGAUGGCCUCUGUUUCCGCCUCCUCAAACCGUGCCAGACACGGGCCCCACAGAAGCCAUGGUGGCAGGAUGAGUGGGAGAUCCCCCGGGAAUCACUGAAACUGGAGCGCCGCCUUGGGGCAGGGCAGUUUGGGGAGGUCUGGAUGGGCGCGUAUAACCAGCGCAAAGUGGCCAUCAAGAACCUGAAAGCGGGGACCAUGUCGCCCGGGGCCUUCCUGGCGGAGGCCAACCUCAUGAAGCUCCUGCAGCAUCCACGCCUGGUGCGGCUCUAUGCUGUGGUGACGCAGGAGCCCAUCUACAUCAUCACAGAGUACAUGGAGAAUGGAAGCCUGGUGGAUUUUCUCAAGACGAAUGCAGGAAUGAAUUUAACCAUUAAUACCCUGAUUGAUAUGGCCUCCCAGGUGGCUGAGGGUAUGGCAUUCAUUGAGCAGCGGAAUUACAUCCACAGGGACCUGAGAGCCGCUAACAUCUUGGUCUCUGAGGAGCUCAUCUGCAAGAUCGCUGACUUCGGACUCGCCCGCCUCAUCGAGGACAAUGAGUACACAGCCAGAGAGGGUGCCAAGUUCCCCAUCAAAUGGACCGCCCCUGAAGCCAUAAACUACGGAACCUUCUCCAUCAAGUCGGAUGUGUGGUCUUUUGGGAUCCUGCUGACAGAGAUUGUGACGUACGGCCGCAUCCCGUACCCAGGCAUGACCAACUCUGAGGUGAUCCAGAACCUGGAGCGGGGGUACCGCAUGCCCCAGCCUGACAACUGCCCACAGGAGCUGUACAGCAUCAUGAAUAUGUGCUGGCAGGAGACCCCAGAGAACCGGCCCACAUUCGAGUACCUGCGGAGUGUUCUGGAGGACUUCUUUACUGCCACAGAGCAACAGUACCAGAGCCAGCCCGGCUGAGAUCCAGACAAAUGGGAGAAAUGACAGACUUACUGACAGACAGAGGGAGACAGACAGACUUACUGACAGACAGAGGGAGACAGACAGACUUACUGACAGACAGAGGGAGACAGACAGACUUACUGACAGACAGAGGGAGACAGACAGACUUACUGACAGACAGAGGGAGACAGACAGACUUACAGACAGACUGAGGGAGACAGAUUUAGUUACAGACAGACUGAGGGAGACAGAUUUAGUUACAGACAGAGGGAAAGACAGACAUAGACAGAGAGACAAGCUGAGAUGCAGACAGACAGACAGAAGGAGUAACAGACAGACGGAGACAGACAGACUGAGAGACAGGCUGAAGGAGACUGACAGACAGACUUAGUGACAGACAGAAGGAGUGAGAGACAGACGGAGACAGACUGAGAGACAGGCUGAAGGAGACUGACAGAUAGACAGACUGAGAGACAGAGAGACAGGCUGAAGGAGACUGAUAGACUUACUGAAAAACGGAGAGACAGACAGACAGAGAGAACAAUCAGGUGGUGCAAUCACUGUGAUAGAUAUGGAGAUGAAAAACCACAGAGACAGAGAGAACUAUUCAGAGGUCAUACACACACACAAGCAGGUUUGUAAUUAUAUCUUUGUGGGGACUCUCCAUUGAUUUCUAUGGGGAAAACUGUAACCCCAACAUGCCAACUUUAACCCCCACCCAGCCCUACCUUUAACCAUAAAUAACCAAACUAAAUACAAGACUUUUGCCAUUUUUAGUUUUUUGAUUGCAUCCACAGAUAUUUGUGGGGACCUGAAAAAUGAUCUGAGUCAGAAUAACAGGAUUUUAUUACAUAGUGGAGGACAUUUGGUCCCCACAAUGUAAUAUAAACACAAUCCACAUGCACACACAGACUCACACUAAUGCACACAGACAUACAUGCCAGACUGACGUGAGGUAAACACCCCCACGCUCACACCUACAUACACUUCUGGAAUUUCACUGGGAGGUCGUUGUGGACUCCCAGAGAGCUGAGGGUCACGCUCACCUGGUAAAUGAUAGUAGCUCCUCCUUAACAAAGACAUAUCACCCACACCAGUAAAGGCUGAGGUCAGACGAUGGCAUGAAACCCCACGUGUAGGUUACCUGUAUAUCUGAUUAGCACCCCAGCGCCCCCUGCAGGAUCACCGUGCCCACAGCACAUGCUAUCCCAGAACCUGUGUUCCUUACGCUGCCCAUGUAUCUACUGUUUUAUCCUUUAUCCUUUUAUUGUCUUUCUUGCUUGGGAUUUUGUAUGGGAAAAAUGUGUUUUAUCACUUCUGAGCUUUUCUAUGUAUUUUAUAUGAUGCCUUUGAGGACACAUGCAAGAAAAUUAAAUCUGAGCAAAGAG